UGUCCUUUAAAUGAUCUGCACUACUGCGCAAGCGCAUAAGAAUCAUUCUGGUACUUUUGUGCGGUAACGUGGUUUUCUGUUCACACGCUGGUUAUUAUGGCGCUUAGAAGAUGCUGGAGGUUGACCGGUGUUCUCUCGAGACUCCCCGUUCCUCGUGGGUCUUCUUCCCCUGUGGGACGGCUAGCUGUGUCCUGCUUUGUCGACACUUACCGGGGCUGCAAAAAAACAGAGUUCCAUCUCCGUAGAUUCAGCUCUGAAGGACGGAACACAGAUGUGAGUUAUGCGCAGCUGAAGCAGCUCCUGGCUGACGGCAAAACUGUAGUUGUGGAUGUCCGGGAACCCUGGGAGCUCCGAGAGUACGGCUUCAUCCCCGGAUCUGUCAACGUCCCACUGGGACAGGUGAACACUGCCCUCCAGCUUGCUCCGGAGGAGUUCAAAGAAAAUUAUGACGGUGAAAUGCCCAGGCAGACGGAUAACAUUGUGUUCAUGUGUCUGGCCGGGGUCAGAAGCAAGACUGCCCUCAACACAGCUGUUUCGCUGGGUUUUACAGAUGUUCAGCAUUAUCCCGGUGGAUGGCAAGACUGGGCGGAACAGGAACAGCUGAAGUGAUCCACAGAUUUUGGAAACAGGAAGUUACGAUGAGUGUGAUCACAGCCGAGACAAACUGGUGACGUAGUUCCUCCGCUUUCUGCCACCUCGGUAUCGGUUCUCUGGAGCGCCGCUGUAGGGAUUGAACCCAAUUCCUCCAAACUUCAGUCCGAGUUCUUGCGGUUGACCAGGCAGGUGGCGUUCUAUUUACUGCUAUACAAUAAUAUCACAAAAGAAUUACGCUGGAAUUUCAUUUUAAGGUAUCAGUAUUUAUCGGGCUGAGUAGAAAUGCGUGCCACACUUUUCAGAUUUUAUUCGU